AUGGCAUCCUUCGAUGUGUACGAUCGGUCAAGCUGGUACUUUGGUGCAAUGUCACGCCAGGACGCCACAGAUUUGCUGCUGAAUGAGCGUGAAAGUGGUGUGUUUCUUGUACGGGACAGUACCACGAUCGUGGGCGAUUUCGUGCUGUGCGUGCGGGAAGAUUCGAAAGUGAGUCACUACAUUAUAAACAAAAUACCAAAUUCGCCCGACGGUGAGUGCUUCGUGUACCGUAUCGGCGAUCAAACGUUUGCGGAUCUGCCGGAUUUGCUGUCGUUCUACAAAUUACACUAUCUGGACACGACACCGCUGCGGAGACCGAUGAUACGCCGGCUGGAGAAGGUAAUAGGCAAGUUCGACUUCGAUGGUAGUGAUCCGGACGAUUUGCCCUUCAAGAAGGGUGAAAUACUGCACAUUAUUAGCAAGGACGAGGAGCAAUGGUGGACGGCACGGAAUGGGCAGGGCCAAACCGGGCAGAUACCGGUACCGUACGUGACACGAUACGAGGAAAACAUUAUCGAGCGGCCAAAUUCGGGUGGUGGCGGUGGUGCAGGUCCGGGUGGCCAUCAUCAUCAUCAUCCACCGGCGACCGGUGGUGGUGGGCUGCAUCAUUCGGAAAAUUCGAACAUUUUCAAAUCGAACCUUAACCGUCAGUUACCGGCAUUGGCCCGGGUUAAGCAAGAGCGGGUCCCGAACGCGUACGAUGAAACUGCGCUUAAGUUGAGCGUUGGCGACGUUAUAAAGGUGCUGAAAACGAACAUCAAUGGACAGUGGGAGGGUGAGUUGAAGGGCAAGAUAGGGCAUUUCCCUUUUACCCACGUAGAGUUUAUUGAUGAGUGA